AUGGACGGCUUUCUGAAGAUUAUCCUUACACUUGGGGUGAGCUCAGGGGUAACCACUGCUUAUCUACCCACAAUUCCUGAGACUAAUCAGAACAUAUCAGCCCUGGCAAUAGUCUGCACUGACUACUACAACAAUGGAUCCAGUGAGGACUCAAUCUUCCAGCUAGAUGGCACCGAACAUGGAACAUUAAUAGUAAGUAUCGUGACUGGUCUAUAUUAUACACUGCACCAUACAAUUUACUAAUGCUGUAACAAAGUAACAGAGACAAAUAGGAAGAGACAGAGACAGAGACACACACUGACACAGACAAACUGAGACGCAGAUAGCAAGGACAGACAGAAAAAUUGACAAAUUCAGAGUAUAACACAGGUAGCAAGUGCAAGUAGGUAGAUAGAUAAACAGACAGAUAUAGAAAGAAAGUGACAGAUAAAUUCAAACCACUUAUUAUUAGAUGGAAUUAACCAGUGACAGUGACAUUUAUUAAGAUUAUUCAGGCUAUAUCGGUGACACUGGCAGAACCUUAGAAUAACGUUAUUGUAGAUUUUGUCUGAGUGCAGUAUGUAUACAAUAACCAUGUAAUUAUUGUAUUUAUUAGAUACUUAGCAGGAUAUUUAUCAUUACAUGUGACCUGCGUACUGAGCCUACUAGUCAAAUUCUUCAUUUAUUUCAUGAAUAGGACAAAGAUCCAACCUUCCAACAACUCACUUUCAUAAUAAAGGAGACACGGUGUAAGAAAUCAGAGGAAAACAUCAACAAGCCGUGUGCUUUCAAAGAGGACGGAGUAAGUUACCUGCUCUUAUUAUCAACACUUAAAAAUCACCUAAACUCUGUUAAUAACUCAAAAUGGUGUGAUUCUUCGAGGGAUAAAAAACUGUGGAGAUAAAUCCAUUAUUUGGAGAUAGUAGUUUUAUUAAAAAAAAUACUUAUCUUGUUUAAAAUAUACUAAAAACCAAAAAUAUUAUAUUUAUGUAUAAAUGAUUAUAGAAUAUAAUGAUAAUAUAACUUAUAGAAAUAGAUUAACAUACAUUCCCAAAUGCAAUCAGAAGAAAAGAAAUUAUAAUUGUUAUAGGUAAAUUUAUCUAAGCAGGGCCCUUCUAAUCUCUUGUUCCCAUAUGCCAAAUUAGUUUUUUAAUUAAUUCUUGUACGUGUUCUUAACUAUUAAUAAUAAAUAGAAGGGUCAAAAGUGUUUAUUUACCCUGAACUUAAAAAAAACCCAUUACUAUAAAUCUCUCUGUUCAUAUUUCUGCAAUAUUUAGCACAGGCCAUGUAGAUAGUUCUCAAAUGAUAAACAUUGCAGAGUUCGAAGUUGUGAUAAUGAAACAGGAUGUAAAGAUGUAGGGUAAUAUAGAAUAUGAGGUAGAUGGACACAAGGAUUUCUCAAAGUGUCCCUAUUUAAAAGUGACAGUACCUAUUUUUGACCCAAAUGCCCCUGUUCCUCUUUUCUAUCAUUAUUUACCUAAUUUCUAUGAGCUAUGAGCUCCGUGUCUGAGUGCAUAACAGAGUUCCGCAGCAAUAAUACUGUGGAAAUAAGAUACAUUGUUAUUCUUCUAAAUUACAUUUUAGUUGUAUAAAUUGUUUUUAGUAAGUCACCUAAAAUUUCUCAGAACAGCCCCGACCCUGGCCACACCCUCACAGAGAACAACCCUUCGUCCAUUUGAAAUGCUGGUAGGUAUGCUAAAGUGUGAUGUAAUGUCUGAGCAAUGGCAGACAGGUGUAUAACAUACAGAAUCUGAGUAUUAUGCCAUGUUAUGGCAAGACAAACUGUAUGUGCUACCACCAAUGUGACUAAGACCACAUUGGGCCUCCUUGAUUAACUGUUCAGUGAGCGGAUAAUUUUGAAGAAGUUCUCAGAUUAAUUGGCUGCCACAUUUGACCGACCUUUCAGCUCCUGAUUACUUCCUGUGGGGAUAUCUGAAGGAGUAGGUGUACGUAAACAAACUGCAUACACUUGAGCAAUUUAAAGGUGACCUAUAGUACCAGGAAAAAAAAAUAGUUUUCCUGGCAAUAUAUGUUCUUGGAGUUAAAACCCCUUCAGCCACUUACCUGAAUCCAAUGCUGUUGUUCCUUAGCGCUGAGUCAGGCUCCGCCCAUGCUCCUCCCCCGUCAACAUCAGCCGGCGGGGAGACCUAAUGCGCAUUAGACCUCCCCAUAGGAAAAUCUGACGCUGGAGGUCCGUGAGGACGCGCAGUGUCAGAUGACGGACCAAAAGUCUGUUUGGAUUCCGGAAACCCUCUAGUGGCUGUCUGUUAGAUAGCCACAGGGGGCAGACUUAGAGCUGCAAUGUAAACAUUGCAAUUCUCUGGAACUGAAAUGUUUUACAUUGCAGCACUAAAUGCAAAAGGGUCACAGCACCCAGACUACUUCAAUUAGCUGAAGUGGUCUGGGUGCCUACAGUGUCCCUUUAAGGAGAAUAUUAGUGCAGAAAUUCGAAUGCUGGAGCCACAAACAUUAACUAAUGUUAUGAACAAUGCAAUUGAAAAGAACCCGGCUUUGAGAGGCGUCAAAUGGAGCUCAUUUAAAAUAUGUCACGUUUGUACCUAGCCAAACUAAUCUCCAUUCGUUAAACAUUCAUGUAAUAUUAUUGAAAUUGGUUAAUAAUAAAAAAAGUUAUUUACUCCACAAACCCUACUCUCAAUUGUGGCCCACCCUGUAUAUCCAUAAAUAUACAUACACACAUACAUACACACAUACAGUAUCUCACAAAAGUAAGUACACCCCUCACAUUUUUGUAUAUAUUUUAUUAUAUCUUUUCAUGUGACAACACUGAAGAAAUUACAUUCUGCUACAAUGUAAAGUAGUAAGUGUACAGCCUGUAUAACAGUGUAAAUUUUCUGCCCCCUCAAAAUAACUCAACACACAGCCAUUAAUGUCUAAACCGUUGGCAACAAAAGUGAUUACACCCCUAAGUGGAAAUGUACAAAUUGGGCCCAAAGUGUCAAUGUUUUGUGUGGUCACCAUUAUUUUCAAGCACUGCCUUAACCCUCAUGGGCAUUGAGUUCACCAGAGCUUGCAGGUUGCCACUGGAGUCCUCUUCCACUCCUCCAUGAUGACAUCCUGGAGCUGGUGGAUGUUAGAGACCUUGCGCUCCCCCACCUUCCAUUUGACGAUGCCCCACAGAUGCUCAAUAGGGUUUAGGUCUGGAGACAUGCUUGGCCAGUCCAUCAUCUUUAGCUUCAGCUUCUUUAACAAGACAGUGGUGGUUUUGGAGGUGUGUUUGGGGUCAUUAUCAUGUUGGAAUACUGCCCUGCGGCCCAGUGUCCGAAGGGAGGGGAUCAUGCUCUGCUUUAGUAUGUCACAGUACAUGUUGGCAUUUAUGGUUCUCUCAAUGAACUGUAGCUCCAUAGUGCCAGCAGCACUUACGUAGGCCCAGACCUUGACACUCCCACCACCAUGCUUGACUGUAGGCACAACUUGUCUUUGUACUCCUCAAAUGGUUGCCGCCACACACGCUUGACACCAUCUGAACCAAAUAAGUUUAUCUUGGUCUCAUCGGACCACAGGACAUGGUUCCAGUAAUCCAUGUCCUUAGUCUGCUUGUCUUCAGCAAACUGUUUGCGGGCUUUCUUGUGCAUCAUCUUUAGCAGAGGCUUCCUUCUGGGAUGACAGCCAUGCAGACCAAUUUGAUGCCGUGUGCAGCGUAUGGUCUGAACAAUGACAGGCUGUCCCCCACCCCUUCAACCUCUGCAGCAAUGCUGGCAGCACUCAUACUUCUAUUUCCCAAAGACAACCUCUGGAUAUGACACUGAGCACUCAACUUCUUUGGUCGACCAUAGCGAGGCCUGUUCUGAGUGGAACCUGUCCUGUGAAACCUCUAUAUGGUCUUGCCCACCCUGCUGCAGCUCAGUUUCAGGGUCUUGGCAAUCUUCAUAUACCCUAAGCCAUCUUUAUGUAGAGCAACAAUUCUUUUUUUCAGAUCCUCAGAAAGUUCUUUGCCAUGAGGUGCCAUGUUGAACUUCCAGAGACCAGUAUGAGAAGGUGUGAGAGCGAUAACACCAAAUUUAACACACCUGCUCCCCAUUCACAUCUGAGACCUUGUAACACUAACGAGUCACAUGACACCAAGGAGGGAAAAUGGCUAAUUGGGCUCAAUGUGGAGAUUUCCACUUAGGUGUGUACUCACUUUUGUCGCCAAUGGUUUAGACAUUAACCCCUUCAGGAUGGAGUCAAUAGUACACGUUCUGAUCAAAACAGAAUGUAAACAAAAUCUGGAAUUUAUAUAAUAUAUAAUUUGGAAUUAUAUAUCAUUUUAUUCAGGAGAAACAGGGCUUUCAUUUCUAAUGAACUAUUCAUAUAUGAAACAUAAUUUAUCAUGAAUAAAAUAAAAAAAACUGUGAGAAAUUUCAAAAAGUUUUAAAAAUGUGUAGCUCUGCCUCACAUUUUAGCUGUAAAUGUCAUAAUACUGUUAGCUUUUACUGCAACAAAAACACAUAUUUAGAUUCAACAAAGUCUCACGAGUACAACAGUAUCCCCCAUUAACAGUUUUUACAGUGUUUUGGAAAGUUACAGAGUUAAAUGUAGCACAUUCCAUUUUUCUGUUUUUUCACAUUGAAAUUUGCCAGAUUAGUAAUGUUACCUUUGAGACCGUCUGGUAGCCUAGGAAUGAGAUUUACCCCCCAUGACGGCAUACCAUCUGCAAAAGUAGACAACCCAAGGUAUUGCAAGUGGGGUAUGUCCAGUCUUUUGUAGUAGCCACUUAGUAACAAACACUGGGCAAAGUUAGCGUUCAUAUUUGUUUUUGUGUGAAAAAAGCAAAAAACUAAUAUUUGGCCAGUGUUUGUGACUAAGUGGCUAGUAAAAAUGACUGGACAUACCCCAUUUGCAAUACCUUGGGUUGUCUACUUUUGCAAAUGGUAUGCCAUCAUGGGGGUAAUUCUUAUUCCAGGACUACCAGACGGUCUCAAAAGCAAUGUAACCAAUCUUUUGAAGGAUUUGGGAAUUGUUACAGACAACAAACUAGGCAGCAAUGUGCAAUGUCAAUCAGCAGUGGCUAAGGCCAGUAAGGUUUUGUCAUGUAUAAAUAGGGGCAUAAAUUCUCGGGAUGAGAAUAUAAUUUUGCCUCUAUAAAUAACUGGCAAGACCACAUCUUGAAUAUGCUGUGCAAUUUUGGGUACCUGUCUUAAGAAGGAUAUUAUGACAAAGGGCUGCCAACAGGUGGUGACAAUCAUGACAGUUGUCACGGGCCCGGUGUUCCUGGAGAGCCCGGGCCCCACACCUCUCUAUUAAUUUAACCUAUCAGCGGAUUCAGCGCAGUGAAGGAGCAUUGAUCCCUCGCUCUGCGGAAUCCAUCAAUAGCCAAAAGGAGUAGCUGCAAGAAACAAGGUGGGGGGGAGGAGGGGCCCCAGUGUCCUAUCAGAUUUCCCUACUCUGCAAAAUGUCCCUACCCGUAGGGAAAUAUGAUAGAACACCGGUGUUCUAUUAGAUUUUGGCCCCCCUUCCAGCUAGCAGGGAGAAUAGGGAGAUCUUCCUGCCUGCUCUUAAAUAUGGAAUCCCUGUUGGCCCGGUGGGCUGCUGGUGGACUCCCUGGUGGUCCGGUGGGCUGCUGGUGGACUCUCUGGUGGUCCAGUGUGUUGUUAGAGCAGUCGCACUCCCUCACAGUUUUGGUGCAUACCUCCUCAGAUACUCACUGAAAAACAUGCAGAUACACAGAUAUACACACUGACACACUUGCUGAUACAGACACAUAAACUGACGCAGAUACAGACAAACAGAUACACAACCUGACACACAUGCAGAUGCUCAUACACACAGGUAUAUACACUGACUACAUAUAGAUACUACAGAUACACACACUGAUAACAUACAGAUACACACAUAAAGAUGCACACACACAUACAGAUACACAGACACAUACACUGGUAGACAUAUUGAUGCAUACACUGACAGGCAUACUGGCACACACACAUACACUGACAGACAUACCUCCUUCUGCCCCCUCCUGCAUGACUCCUCUCUUUAUGGGAGGAAGUGACUCGCGGCUGUCACUUCCUCCCAGAUGGCUGCUGAAAAGCAAGGGGCAGGUCGCACUGUUUUUAGAGCGUGACCGGGCACCUGCUAAAAACAACCCAAUGGGUGGACCUAAGUGCAUGGGCCACCUGGUGGGCCUACUCAGUGUGUGGGGCCCAUGCUGUCGGCAAUGGGGGGGGGUUCUUGAGAGUAGCGGGGCCCACGGGGCAGCUGCUUUGGGUCCCCUGAAGUCACUGGGCCCAGGGCAGCUGCCUCGUUUGCCCCGCGUUAAAGAAUGCCCUGCUGAUGGCACUAGAAAGAGUGCAGAGGCGGACUACAAAAUGAAUAAAAGGAAUGGAACAAUUUGGCUAUAUAGAAAGGUUAACAAAUUUAAACCUCUUUAAUUUAGAAAAACUGUGCCUCAGAGGGGAUAUAAUAACAUUAUACAAAUAUAUCCGGGGCCAAUACAAACAAUUGUGUGGAAAUCUAUUCACAAACAGGACUAUACAAAGGACACGAGGUCAUGAGGUUUAGACUGGAAAAAAGAAAAUUUAGCCUAAGGCAAAGGAAAGAUUUUUUUUUUUUUACAGUAAGAACAAAAAGAAUGUGGAAUUCUCUGUCUGAAGAAGUGGUUUUAUCAGGAUCUGUACAGAUCCAGCAACAAGAUGUAUACUGGCAAAAACAUAAUAUUUAAUUAUAUCAUUUUUAUUUGUAGGGUAAUAGCAAGUGGUCCAGAAGGAAUUAUUUUCCUAGUUUGUUGCAAAAUUGGAAGUAUUUUAAACUGGGUUUUUUUGCCUUCUCUUGGAUCAACAGCAAAAAUCUGAUGUGAGGAAGGCUGAACUUGAUGGACACAUGUCUCUUUUCAGCCUAUGUAACUAUGUAACUAUAACAAUGAGGAGAUGCUGAUUGGCCAGUGCAGUGUUUGGCUCCACCACAUUUCCUUGGCUGAGAUCAUCACAAUUGAUGAUCACAACCAAUCCAAUGCUUUCCAGUAGGAUCUCUGGAUACUUUAUUAAGUGUUCUUGCAUAGCAAGACCACUUAAUGUUAUCUCACAUAUAUAUUAUUAUUAUUCUUAUUAUAGCAAAAUUUGCCACCCUAACUCCUCCCACAGUUUUUACACUACAUAGACAAAAAUUUACCAAAACGUGCAGAUUGUUCACGGAAUAUCGUCGUUUUUGUGGCGAAAUUUGUCCCAUAGGAAUGAAUGGCAAAGCUAGAGUGGGAGCUGCCAAAAGCUGAAAAAUCAGGACAUGAUUUCUAAACUGCCUCCACUCCCUUAUUUUCAGGCCCACCUACACAAAUCUUAUAUCAAAACGUUCAGCUAUGCCUGCUGCCACUAAACAUGUCAACGGCUAAGCCAUAGUCCUGAUAGUUUUCACAAUAUAAUCAUUUGUUUGCAACUAUGUGUCUGUUAGUCCACCCAAUUGUACAGCGCUACGGAAUUUGUUGGCGCUAUAUAAAUAAUAAAAUAAUAAUAAUAAUAAUAAUAAUGCCGUCCAUUGACUUUCAUUGAAACUUCACUCUGCAAAGCUCAAAUUUGAAGUGCAAUUUCUACACUGCGACUGUGCCUUCAUUUUUAAUACUUCAGAGACAUACUAUGCAUCGAAAUGUAGGUCUGGGUCUUGUGAUUCUCACAAUAUAAAGCUCUUCACUGUAGGAGUUAUAGUUUUUAAGAUACGACCGUUUGAAGAUGGCAACCGUCAAAAUACUCUGACCUGUCAAGCUGCAGCAGCAAGUGAUGUCAUAGACAGGGCCUUUUGAACACCUGCUAAUGUUUUUAUAAAUGUAUGGUUUAAUGUAACUGAGCAACAACGUUGCAAUUAAAUGUGCUAUGUAAAUGAUAACAGUUACUCCGCCCACUCCAGUUGUAGACUACAGGUGGAGGCAAGAACACUUCACACAAUUUCCCCAGAAAUUGUAACUUUUCUAGUUUGUUUUAUUUUGUUCAUUUUCUGUUUUUUCAUUUGAUUUGUUUAACAUAACACUUGUUGAGAAUGCAUUUCUUUGAAUAUUUUGUUUACCAGUUGACCCCUUAUUGAGUUUCAAUUACAUAAUUUCCAUAUUUGUAAUAUUCACAAAAUAUAUAAAGAAAUAAAGUAUGCAGUGGAAACAUAACCAGGAAAACAAAAUACCCUAAAUCAGGGGUGCCCAAAAGGUAGAUCCCCAGAUGUUGUAGAACUUCAAUUCCCUAAAUCUUAGCUUGCCUUUAGAAUGCCUUUACAACGGCAAAGCAUAAUGGAAGCUGUCGUUUUAAAACAUCUGUGGAUCUACUGAAAAAAGAGAGAAAUGAGUGCCCUAAACGUAAUUAAAAUAUAACUUUUAAUAAUGAGCUUAAAAUCUGUUAAGAGUGUCCAUAGUAGGAGUAAUGCUCCAAAAGUGAUCAGCUUAAGUAUAUACACAAACAAAGUAAAGAAAAAAGGUCCUGUUCUAAAGUAUCCAGAGACCUUAAUCUGGUGAUGUAUGCAGAAAUUGAUUUUGCAAAUCACUAGAUUUAUAAUCUGUUAUAUGGACAGUAAUAUAAAUCCAUAUCAACUAAAGUAUAUACAAAAUAGUUCUAAUAAACAUCUAAAGUAUGUACAAAUUGAGAUCCUCCGUGGCUGUAUGAAGUAGCGUUACCUAUAAAGACGCCAAAUCUGUGUCGAGAUAUAAAUAUAAACGUAAUAGUAUCUAAACAAUGUAACAAAGCUAGUUGUUGAUCAAAGAGAGGAUUGUAGAUAACUCGCCUGGUAAAUAAAUAUAUACUCAUUAAAAGGUCCUGUUCAUAAGUUUUCAGAGACCGUUGCCUAUUAAUAUGUGCAAAAACACAGUUUUGCAAUACACUGUUGUAACAUGAAAUCAUGACAGAAAAAAUGUCUGUCGAAAUAUUUAGAUCGGUAUAUAAUAAUAAGUCAAAAUAGCAAUACAGCCUCCGUGCAUACAAAAUGCUUCUUCGCUAUUAAUAAGAGGGGGAAAAAAGAGGGGUUUCCAUCUAAGCUGGUAAAAUAUAUAUUAACUGUCUAGUGAUUUAACUAGAUAUAUGAUAAUAGAAACAAAUGUCCCAGUGGCACCGAAAGUAAUAAUUGAUGAUAGCGGUAAAUUGAACUCAGGAUCCGAGACGCUAAACAAAUGGUUACUGAUCAAAGAUACUAGUAAGAUAAAUCUUAAGUCUCAGAUCGUCAGGGCCCCGAUCUGUGGAUCUGCCUUUUGGGCACCCCUGGUCUAAAUCAUCCUAUUAGAAAGUUCUUCAUGUCUCAGACCCUGCCCUGUCCUUGUAUUUACUGUGUUAUAACUGUGUCUCCAACAUAGGUGGUAAAGCAGUGCACAGCAUCCAUUUUCCCUGAAGACGGAGAGAGGAAAAUUCUCAUUACCUGCGACACUUUGUAUCAAAACGUACGUUUCUCUGUUACAUAAAACGAAGUAUAGUUAGGAUGACUGGAGCUUGGUUUAUAGACUAUACAAUUUGCCUUUUUUUUUUUUUAAGUUUAGUUUUUAUACCUUAAUUAUUAGUAAUUUGGCCGUACGGACCUGAUUACUGUCUAGUAUUUUACCAGGCAUAGUCUGAAAUUUACAAUGCAUUUUUCCAGGGGAAUUCAUGGCUGAGCAUGAUGAGAGUUAUACCAAAAGUUUGAUUUAUUGAUUGAUUGGUAGUAAUAGGCCGUUUAACAGUGGCAGUACAUUUCCCGUAGCCGAGGCAGAUCCAGAAUCUUGGAGAGUUAUUUGUGACGCAAAAUAUGACUUCAAUGUAACAAAUGAUGACAACAUUCCAAUGAGAAGUAUUUUGGGGGGGGAAGUUGCACGGCAUCUCUUUCUCAACAAGUAAUUACCAACAAUAACCAAACUGUGGUCACACUCUUCGAUUGCUCGAAAUAGAGCAAACUAAGGGUUUUUCAUUAAUGUUAAUCUUUUAAGAGCUUGUUCCUGCUUCGCUCUGAAGGAAGAGAGGUUCGGUCUGCGGUGGUUGUGGUGUCGGCUAAAGUGCUUGGAGCCCUCAGGAUGCGCUAGGAGCAUCCUUCAAGGGAGGUAUCCAGUCGGGGUGCCAGGUGAUCCGUUACAAUCUGUAUCUCAGAAAACACAAUUUAAGCCAAAUACACUUUGGAUUUUUUUUUUAUAACUAUUGCAUUACACCACAUGCCACAAUUGACUUUUCACACUCUGUUUGGAGGUUGCCUGGGAACUCCUCUUGCACAAGUUUGACUUAAACAUCCAAAAAGGGAGUUCCAGAGUUUGAUAUUCAUAAUAGAGUAUAGAUUAGAUUCUACCGUGGGCUGGAUAAAUGGAUACCAGCCAUCACAAUAAAAUGCGUUGGCAAAAGCGUUUUCAAAGUUCAUCUAUAAGUGGGUGGCACAGUUUGUCGCCAUGUAGAAUAUAUGAGCAUAUAGAUCUUCAAUAGUUAAAAUACCAUCGUAGUAUUCAGACGCUGAAGAUAUCUUGCCUGUAGCUGGUGUCCACCUGAGUGUCCUGAGAAAUAAACUUCUGUGCCCAAAAAUGACACAGAACAUUAGAAUGAUCAGCAACAACUUUUCACUGGUGAUCUACAACCAUUGGUUACUUUUCCAGAGGCUGCCCUCCAGAUGUCCUUUUGAAUCUGGACCUCACCCUGGAUGUUAUGAACAUUGACUGUACAGAUAAAGUGUUCUAGUUGAAGGUUGUGGUUUACCGGUUCACUGUUCUAUGUAUAUUUAGUGUUUUAUUAAAUCAAUUUUCCAAAGUUUCUGUGAUAUUACCAACCCAAGGUAAAAACACAGCACAAAUGUUAUAAUUCCGACCACACAGGAAACAUAACCCAAAAUUGCCAGAUCAAUAAUAAUGGCUGUCGUGGUAAACCAGACAAAUGUCCAUUAGAAAUAAUCACUAAAGGGCAAUAAACCAAUGAGAACAGGGCUUUAUAAGGUAUAGUGCAAUAGUAUUGGAUAGUGAAAUUACUGUAAGAUCAAAACUAACAGGGAAGGCAUUGCCAAAAUGAGGCAGCAGAGGGUAUAAUGUAACUAGUAAUUGUCAUAUAUGGGCACACGUAUGCAGCAUCCUUCAUCUUUAAGACUGCGUCUUUAAGGUGCGAACUCUCUGUUACCUUGAUGACAUCGUGCGGCUUCUCAUACGCGGUACGCAACAGAAUCAUGGAUGCCACAGCAAGAGUGGUGCAUGGUAGACAGGUAUAUGAUAAGCUGACACUCUCAGCAAAUCACUGGUGUCCAAUCUUUCUUACGUAUUCUUUUCUCUGCUCAGUAUGACGGCCAAACAGGAAAGGGAUCAGAGAGCAUCUUAUGUGUUAAAUCGUUCAAUAAUGGUUUAACAUCUUAAGAGGGACAUCAACAACCAAAACAACUUAAUUGAGAUAAAUAUAGUCCCUUGAGGGGGGGAAGGAAAAAAAAGAAGUAAAUACGUGAAGAGAAAAAAAUAAGUUUUAAAAAGAUUAAUUAGAUAAGGGUAAAAUGAAACUGAUUGUGUAGAUAUAACUCCCUAUCCAGAAUCUGGUGUCCUCUGCAUUGUGUUAUCGCUAGAUUAAAUGCAUUAUAGAAUAUUUCAGAAUUAAAGUCUUAAAAUAUCCAAUUUAAUUUAAAAUUUGGAAUUUUAUAUAUAAUAUCUAAUGUUAUUCAAUAUUUACAUAUAUUUAAUAUAAUUAAAUUUUUUAUUUAUUUUUUUCAGAAUAAGAAGAAAAGAGAAGAGAGUAGAGCUGCCGGAUGCAGGUGUUUCUGUUGUUUUCCUGACCGAAAUAACGUUUGUCGCAGGAGAGCAGGGUGCAACAAUGUUAUUGCAAGAAAAAAUGAUGUCUCUCUAGCAAUUCAUUAA